GAUUCAUCAAGACCAAGUGUAUGUGCCGUAUGUCCUUCAAUUCCUAGUCCACCAAACGGAAAACCAAACGGACAAACAACUGCCACCUCCACUUGGACUGGAACAUUUACAUCAACGACUACGAAAACGGCUACUCAAGGAGGUACUGACACUGUUAUUGUUGAAGUUCCUACUAACUCUCAAACCUCGAAAACUUCCACCUGGACUGGAACUUUUACCACCCUUACUACGGUAACAGCCACUCAAGGUGGUACUGACACUGUUAUUGUUGAAGUUCCAACCAACUCUAAAACCACUGAGACUUCUACGUGGACUGGAACCUAUACCACCCUUACUACGGUAACUGCCACUCAAGGUGGUACUGACACUGUUAUUGUUGAAGUUCCAACUAGCUCCAAACCAACUUCCACUUCCACUUCUACCACUAGUACCACUACUGAAACUCUGACUCGCCCUCACGUUACGGUUACAGUAACUACUACUUGGACUGGCUCAUUCACUACUACUACUACAGAAACUGGUACUGCUGCCACGAAGUAA